CUCCCCUCAGACAGUAUCAUGCCCCCACCCGGCCAACAGCUGCUACCCACAUAGAGGUCAGACUUCAGAGGUUGCUCCACCUCUCGUUCUGGGCCAUCGCCACAGAGGAUGCUGGGAAUGUGUCGCGGGCGCAGGAAGUUCCUCGCUGCCUCCCUCGCCCUGCUCUUCAUCCCCGCACUCACCUGGCUCUACCUCUCCGCUGGCAACUUCCAAGUGAAGCCCCUCCCCCUGUCCCCCCUGUUGCCUCAGUUGUCCACGUUGACGGCCAGGGGCGGGGCCUUGGGAGGGGGUGUGUCUAGGGAGGCGUUGGAGCUGAGGGUCCGUGAGGUCGAAGAGGAGAACCAACUUCUCCGCCGUGAACUCAGCCGACCCCCCCGGAGCCCUGCUGGCCCUGCUCCACAUCACACCAAUCACCGCGGCAACCAGAGCAAGACUCACUCGGAGGAGGGAACAGGGGACAACGAGGCGGGGCUUAAAGCUGGCUCCUCGGGCAACAGGUCAGACUGUGUGCAGCAGCCAGCGGUAGACAAGUGUGAGACCAUUCACGUGGCCAUCGUGUGUGCCGGGUACAACGCCAGUCGUGAUGUGGUGACACUCGUCAAGUCAGUCCUUUUUCACAGAAAGUCAUCGUCCUGGACACAGAUAUCACCUCCGCUACGGACAUCCGCUGAGCUCUGGGCCGUCUUCCACAAGUUCAAAGGUCAGCAGGUUCUAGGUCUGGUGGAGAACCAGAGUGACUGGUACCUGGGGAACCUGUGGAAGAAUCACCGGCCCUGGCCCGCCCUGGAGAGGGGCUUCAAUACAGGUGUGAUCUUGCUGCUGCUGGACCGACUGAGGAAGCUGCGGUGGGAACAGAUGUGGAGACUGACAGCAGAGAGGGAACUGAUGAGCAUGUUGUCUACAUCACUGGCUGACCAGCUCCAGAAGACUCUGUCAGAGCUGGAUGAAGAUGAUCCGUGUUAUGAGUUCCGCCGGGAGCGUUUCACGGUUCACAGGACCCACCUCUAUUUCCUUCACUACGAAUAUGAACCCAGCACGGACCACACAGACGUUACACUGGUGGCACAGCUCUCCAUGGACAGGCUCCAGAUGUUAGAGGCGAUCUGUAAACACUGGGAAGGUCCUAUCAGCCUGGCCCUGUAUCUCUCUGACGCUGAGGCUCAACAGUUCCUGCGCUAUACCCAGGGGUCAGAGGUCCUGAUGUCCAGGGGGAACGUGGGCUACCAUAUCGUCUACAAGGAGGGUCAGUUCUAUCCGGUCAACCUGCUCAGGAACGUAGCCAUGCGGCAGGUCAACACGCCCUACAUGUUCCUGUCAGAUAUCGACUUCCUGCCCAUGUACGGCCUCUACGAGUACCUCAGGAAGUCAGUGGUACAGCUGGACAUGGCUAACAGCAAGAAAGCGUUGGUGGUGCCGGCCUUCGAGACGCUCCGUUACCGUCUGUCUUACCCCAAGUCCAAGGCCGAGCUGCUGUCCCAACUGGACAUGGGGACUCUAUUCACCUUCAGAUACCAUGUCUGGACGAAGGGUCAUGCUCCCACUAACUUUGCUAAGUGGAGGACUGCCACCACGCCGUACAGAGUCCAGUGGGAAGCGGACUUUGAACCCUACGUGAUGGUGAGACGGGACAGUCCAGAGUACGACAGGCGCUUCGUUGGCUUUGGGUGGAAUAAAGUGGCUCAUAUUAUGGAGCUGGAUGCACAGGAGUAUGAGUUUGUGGUUCUGCCCAACGCCUAUAUGAUCCACAUGCCUCAUGCUCCCAGUUUCGACAUCACCAAGUUCCGGUCCAACAAGCAGUACCGCGUCUGUCUGAAGACCCUGAAAGAGGAGUUUCAACAGAACAUGUCUAGAAGAUACGGCUUCGCUGCCCUCAAAUACAUGACUGCAGAGAACAACAGCUAGCCAACAACGAUGAGCCAGGACACUCUGACCCGUUAUUGACUACACUACCCAUAACACCCUUCUCUAAGGCUGUCUAGGACUACACUUCUACCCAGGACCCCUCUGGGCUGGGCAGAGGAGAGGGAAAGGGCAGUGGAUUCUAAGGACAGUCGAUGUAGGGGAGUCAGGAGUGGACAGAACGGUUACUAAAGACUCUUACUACGAACUCUGACCCGUUAUUGACUACACUACCCAUAACACCCUUCUCUAAGGCUGUCUAGGACUACACCUCUACAGAGGAGAGGAAAAGGGCAGUGGAUUCUAAGGACAGUCGAUGUAGGGGAGUCGGGAGUGGACAGAACGGUUACUAAAGACUCUUACUACGAACUCUGACCUUUGUGCCAACCGAUCACGAGGUUUUAAAUUGUGAGCUCUGCUUCUUGUGAACUCUCACCUUUUAGUUUGGGGUUAUGACCUGGUUUGAGACGGACCAGCGUUAACCAACUGAAGGGUAACCGGGGGUAACCGUAAGGUCGUUGUGUCCCAAACAUUGUUUUUUUUACCCCUUCCCGAGGACGGAUGGAGCAGUCUGUCCAGAAGUUGCAGACCUGGUUUCUAUCUGGUUUCUGGCUGGGAGAGGAAGCUGU